AUGAGUGCUAUUAUUCGCCAAAUCAUUUUAUUCCUAAUUAUCUCAAGACUUGGAUGUUGCGGUGAUAGUUCCGAUAAAAGCUCCAGAAUGCUAGUUAAACUUGACAUUUCUAAUAUCGGAAACCUUGUCUACAUAUCUCACAAAGCUGAACCUCCUAUUUCUCGUACAAUAUAUUAUCUAAAAAAGGACGACACCUUCAUUUCCAUCGCUGAUUCUGGAGUUAUAAUAUGGGAAGCUUAUGGUGGAGAAGUUGCUGUUGAUGUAGUAGUGUAUUCAAAGGACAGCAUUCCUCUACUAAUUACACUACUCAUUCAGGAUUGUGCUCAGUUCAAGUACGUACAUUUUGAAAAGGCAGAGACAUGGAAACAAAUUUCUAAGGAAACAUAUAUAGAAAAACUUGUGGAGCUGAGGACUUCCUAG